AUGACCUCGAUGUCGUCUAGUAUUCCCUCUGAGCUUGGUAUGCAUUCAACCUCUUCAGAAUCGGAAAUGGAGGGGACGAAGAGAUAUCAGAUCACGCCUAGUUGCCCGACCGGAACAGCAGGGCUCCAGUUGAGUUCUGACCGCCCCCCUCCCCGCGAAGCAGUCGACCUGCCCCUUCUUCCGCAAGCUAUCGGGACUCCCUUUGUGUCACCUGGAAGUCCUCAAAGUGCGCAUACUGCUUUAACCAUCCAUUCAAAUGAGAAAGCAUGGAAUGGUGCAGAAAUUGAGACUGUACUUGGAAACUCGAAGUCUCGCCUAAGAUCUGGUGCUAAGCUACUUCCCCAUUCUCCCAGGCAACACAAAGGCGUAUCCUUGGAAAAAGCUAAACGGCGCCCCCGUGUGGAUGUGAAUAUCUUUUUGGGGAACGAUGUCUGUGUGGAAGGUGGCUGUCUCCAAGGUCUGGUCAAACUUCAGAUCAGGGAAGGUUCGAAAAAAUCACAACCUCUGUUGCUAUCUGGUGGAAAAAUUAGAGUAGUUGGUUUUGAGAGUACGACUAAGGAAGAACAAAGGUCUACAUUCUACCAAUUCUGCGCCAAUGUCUCUGAUGUGGCAUCUGGACUUGACGUGCUAUAUUCCUCAGAACCUGAUGCGGGAGGUUUUGUGAAAGCCGUGGAAGGUGCCUAUGUCUUGCCGUUUGUUAUUGAGCUUGACCCGUCACAAGCUCUUGGUAGACCAAAGGGGUCUAUGCAUCUUCAGUCUGGUGCGUCUGUCCGGUACAUCGUAAUGGUAUCGUUCAGGAUCAAAGUCUUAUCUUCUGGUAAAAUGUCUAUGGCGCACUUUUAUCGCGAUUGCAGUGUAUGGCCUCGCUUGAACCCGGCUAUCGUGCUUUCUCCGACCUCGAGGCCAAUACAAGUCACUGUUUCGGGCGAUACAACACUGGGAGGCAAUAAUAAGGUUAUUCUAACAGCCUCAUUGCACAGAUUGCACUGGGUCGCUGGUCAGCCUUGCCAUGUUAGGUUUGAUAUAGUUAACAAUUCGACAAGAACAUUGAAACAUCUAUCUCUCGGACUCUUUCAAACCAUUACAACUUUCAGGGCCAAAAAAGUGGACGGGAACGACCAGCAUACGGCCAACACAAAAAAUCUCCUCCAGUCGACAUCAAUUGAAAAGCAAGUCGCCCAAUCAUCGCUAGACAUAGCAGAAUGGGGUACCAGGGGCCAUGCAAGUGCAAAAGGUUGGUGGAUGGGCGUUUCAGCUGGCAGCUCGCAGACAUUCUCCCAUUCUAUUCUUCUACCUGCAUGUGCUUUAUCAAUACCUCGAGGGAAGCUUCUUGAAGUAUCGUACACAUUGCGAGCCAUCAUCAGUCCUGGAAGCUUUCUUUCAACAAACGUCAAUGUUUCAAUUCCUUUGGAAAUAAUUAAUUACCUAUCCAUCGACCCUCCUCCUCGAAUUGUGACCGUUCAAGGUGUUGAACCUGUUACAUCUGAAAAAUGGAGAAAAGUCUCAUCCGAAGAUCCGGACGCUAUAUCCGAAUCAGAUUCAAUAGCUGAUGAAGGUUCCGAAUGCAACUCUGACGGUUUGGGAAAUCUUUCAGAGAAUGACGAUACGGAAGACGUCGUUGACCGUAUCGUAUCCUCUACCAAGAUUUCCGGAGAAGAUAUGCCACGCUUCGCGGACCUGUAUUAUUCUUUGCAGGAGGGCAAUUUUAACAAGGGAACCAAUGGACGGCUUCCAAUGUCUGUUGAAACGCUUCCCGCUGGCGCAGACACAUUGUCUGGGCUAACAACUCAGACUCAAGAGCUGCCAAACCCAUCUAGCUUCCCGGAACGUGUAGAAGAAAAAAUGCGGAGUCGUAAAAGAACUUUAUGCAAAGCUGUACAUUUGAACGAACAAAGCCGCGACGGUGGUUUGACAAUUGAGGAGCAACUUUUUGGCAAGCCUCUUGAAGAUUCUCUGCACGGAAUUGCUCUUGAUGUCUCAGAGAAUCCUCCCACCCCAUCUUCAUCUACCGGCAACCCCCUAAUCGUACUAGGCGUUCAGAAUAAUACAAAUAGCCAGGGCAAUGCCGUCGUCUCAUCAUCAGUGUCUACCAAACGGCACGUUAAGAAAUCAGGCUCCCCAUUGUCAAAUGGCUCUCGGGUAAUAUCUGUCAAUGACAUAAUUGACGCUUACAUCCAGCCUGCCUGUGAUAAGAACGACGACUCAACAAAACAUGUACAGCAGGGCUCAGCGGAGCCUACGACGAUCGAUUCCCGGAACCAUCAAGUCAAUCCCAAUACAGCGAAACUUCCCCGUCCCUUCUCUAUUGACAAGCUUACAACUUCUAGACCUCGCUCCAAGUCUGUCAAAGACAAGAUCCGGGAGCUUGAAGCACUGGCAGCGGCUGCCAAUGGAAAUUCCUAG